GGCAUACAUGAAAACUCUUAAGGAGUGUGCUGUCAUUAGCAAACCAGCUGGAGGAAUUUGCGUAGAUGUCCACAACAUAGUGCUACUCGGAGUUAUUCAUGUCAUACAUUAUACUUGAGCAGUGCACUUUCAUUGGACCUGAUUCUCUUUUGCCCUACACAUUCUGAAGAUACAGAACUAGCUAUAUUUCAGUUGAUCCGGUCUGAUCCAGUGAUGGCAGAUCAUGCUGAUCCUACAUAGAGAAAAAGAACAGACUUUUUAACUCCGCCUGUGUUUGGAUUCUACUAUUCCACAGCCGGUCCCAAGCCUGGAAAAAGGAGGAGGGCUUAUUGUCUUUUAGAAGUCGGAUCCUUCAUAAAUAUAAACCAUAAAAUAACCAUAAUAGUUGUGGUUCUCUGUCACACACACACUGUCUCUAGUAAGUGUGUGCAUAGCGUGCAGAUUCCCCUCGUGCAGUUUUUCUCUUGUCAGCAUAUCCACUUCUUUCUCUUUUUCUUUUAAAAGACCCUUUAUCCUAAAAUCUGUUAAAAAAUGUAGCAUGUACUUGUCUUCUGCUAGUGUACAAUAAUGUUCGAUGGCUGCUUAUGACAUGUA